GAUUUCUCUUUCCUUGCUACAUCUCCCUCCGGAAAAUCUCAAAAAAAGAUGGGAACCCCAUCGAAGGAGGACCCCGCCACCGAUGCCGACACCUCGAGCGGCGACGCUCCUCCCUCCGGUUCCACUGUCUUCGCCGAGGGCGAGCGCGUUCUCGCCUAUCACGGCCCGCGCAUCUACGAGGCCAAGGUUCAAAAAGCUGAGCUUCGAAAGAAAGAAUGGAAAUAUUUUGUUCAUUAUCUUGGUUGGAAUAAAAAGUGAGUAUGCCUUCUACCAGAUAGCCGGUUAUAUUUUGAGUUCAUAUUUUGGUUCAAGGACCUUCGGGGGUCAUUCUUUACUCUUUUUCUUCCUGCUAAUAUGUGUCACUACUAUGAUAGUUCGGUAAUCUUGUGGCCUGUGAUUUGAAUUGUGCUAUCUUAAGGCAGCACCCUAUUAUUUUCAAUCACCUGUAUUUUCUUGUUCUUUUCAUUUUACAGCAUAUAAUUUAUUUUCUUGCUACUGUGUCCAUCUUACUCUCUCUGUUUUCUUCCCAAAUUUUCCAACUGUAAGAUAUACUUGGUGAUGCAACACACUUUAACUUUAAAGAAGUUUUAAGUUUUUAUCUUUUUUGAGUUUUUCCAUGGUGCACAGGUGAAUCAUACCAGAUUUCUUUUUGGUCUUUGCUUUUCUCCGAUAUAUUCAUACUGCAGGGUAAACCAAAUUUUCUUCUAUAUGGCUGUAGGCAUUUUCCCACUCAAUCAAAAUGCCUUUUGGUAAUAUCUUUUUAUGGUCAUUGGCUUAUUGGUUUUUUGUUUUCUAUUACCAACUCCUAAAAAUUAAGUUUCAGAUAAGGGAGCAAUGACCAAUGCAAAUUUAAAACCAAGACACAGGCUUUUCCUGGUUCAAACUGUUGUAGCAUGCUUUUCAUACUUUUUGUACUUACUACCAAUUCUUUAAUAACUCAUUCAUGUCAGU